AUGCCUCCACGCCGCCCUGGACAGCCUUUCAGGCGAUUGGGCAAGAAUGGCAACACUUCAUACGGACCACGGAAUGGCCCCAGAACCGUAGACGCAUCCACCCUCCGCAGCAGCGAAGCGACGUCGCAAAAUGAGAAACUCGAAGCCACGCGGCUCGCCCACAGCAUCGACGAGACUUUUGGUUUUGCGCGCUACGAGUCUGGCAAGAAGAAGGCUGGCUGGCUGUUCAACAUGCACAGCACAACCAUAGAAGACGAAAACUACCCUGGAGGACGCGCCGGAGUCGACUUCUACUUUAUCGGCGACGACAACGAACAGUACUUCAAGGCGACUGUGGGAUAUGAUCCAUACUUCUUGGUGGCAACAAAAAGAGGGAAGGAGGCAGAUGUUGAGGAGUGGUGCAAACGCAACUUUGAGGGCUUGGUGAAGGGCGUUUCGAAGGUCGACAAGGAGGAUCUCAGCAUGCCGAACCAUCUCUUGGGCUACCGUAGGACUUUCCUGAAGCUCACCUUCGUCAACGUUCCCGAUCUGCUGGCAGUACGAAAGUCAUUAAUGCCGAUUGCGGAAAGCAACAAGAAAAAGAUGAAUGCCAUGGACACAUACGCCGAGGUUGCAAGCGCAAAUGCGGGCUUUGACAUUUUCGAUGACGACCAAGAUUACGAGAAACGACCAAACGGAUUCGUAGAAGCAAGCGAUUUCAUUGUUGAUAUUCGAGAGUACGACGUACCAUACCACGUCCGAGUCGCAAUCGAUCUGGACAUUCGCAUCGGAAAAUGGUACUGGGUAGAGGCGAAGCACGGCACCACAACAUUGUCCUGCAUCGAAGACCGAUUAACGCGUGCCGACCCUGUGGUGAUGGCGUACGAUAUCGAAACAUCCAAAGCACCACUGAAAUUCCCCGAUUCCACAGUCGACCAGAUCAUGAUGAUUUCAUACAUGAUAGAUGGGCAAGGUUUCCUCAUCACUAACAGAGAAAUCGUGUCCGAAGACAUCGCGGAUUUCGAGUACACUCCGAGGCCAGAGUACGAAGGGCCGUUCAUGAUCUUCAACGAGCCGGACGAAAAGGCUUUAAUCGAGAAAUUCUUCGAGCAUAUCAAGAUCGCAAGGCCUACGGUCAUGGUCACGUACAACGGUGACUUCUUCGAUUGGCCUUUUGUUGAAGCACGAGCGAGUAUUCUAGGUAUCGACAUGUACCAGGAGAUUGGUUUCCGGAAGAACAGCGAGGAUAUCUACCAGUCCGAUCACUGCUGCCACUUGGAUGCCUUCGCAUGGGUCAACCGUGACAGUUAUCUGCCUCAGGGAAGUCGUGGUUUGAAAGCUGUCACAGUCGCCAAGCUUGGUUACGACCCCGAUGAGUUGGACCCAGAAUUGAUGACGCCUUACGCCUCGGAGAAGCCCCAAAUCCUCGCCGAAUACUCAGUAUCAGAUGCCGUCGCAACGUACUACCUGUACAUGAAAUACGUUCAUCCUUUCAUCUUCUCCCUCUGCACAAUUAUUCCUCUCGGUCCCGAUGACGUGUUGCGCAAAGGCACGGGAACUCUUUGCGAGAUGUUGCUGAUGGUGCAGGCAUAUCAAAAAGAGAUUGUGCUUCCCAACAAGCAUGUGGCGCCUCGAGAAGCGUUCUGGGACGGUCACCUUCUGGAGUCGGAAACCUAUGUCGGUGGUCACGUCGAAAGUAUCGAAGCUGGUGUUUUCCGAAGUGACAUACCCGUCAACUUUGCUCUCGAUUCAGCGGCCUUUCAACAGCUUAUCGAUGAGUUGGAUGCUGCUUUGAAGUUCAGCAUCACAGUCGAAGAGAAGAAGUCUUUAGACGACAUCACCAACUACGACGAGGUCAAAGAGCAGAUUGCGGAGAAACUACGGAUUUUGAGAGACACUCCAAACAGAAACGAGCGGCCUUCCAUCUACCAUUUGGACGUCGCAUCUAUGUAUCCCAACAUCAUGACAACGAAUCGUCUCCAACCGGACUCCAUGGUUACAGAAGCAGAUUGUGCCGCAUGCGAUUUCAACAGACCAGGCAAAACAUGCGACCGCCGCUUACCGUGGGCUUGGAGAGGAGAGUACUUGCCAGCCAAGAGAGACGAGUACAACAUGAUCCGGAACGCGUUGGAGAACGAGAGAUUUCCUGGAAAAAGACCAGGCACGACAAGAUCAUUCCAAGAACUCUCGCUUGACGAGCAGGCAGCCAUGGUCAAGAAACGGUUACAGGACUACAGCAAGAAGAUCUACCACAAGAUUCACGAAUCCACAACAUUACAGCGAGAGUCCAUCAUUUGCCAGCGCGAGAACCCUUUCUAUGUCGACACAGUCAGUACGUUCCGUGAUCGCCGGUAUGACUUCAAGGGAAAGCAAAAGGUUUGGAAGGGCAAAACGGAUGCUUUGAAAGCAUCUGGCGCAAGUGCUGGCGAGAUCGAUGAGGCCAAGAAGAUGAUCGUUCUGUUCGACUCUCUCCAGCUUGCCCAUAAAGUUAUUCUGAACAGUUUCUACGGCUACGUCAUGAGAAAAGGCUCUCGCUGGUACUCUCUGGAGAUGGCUGGUAUCACUUGUUUCACCGGUGCCAGUAUCAUCCAGAUGGCUUGUCAGCUGGUCGAGAGGAUAGGAAGGCCGCUUGAGCUUGACACGGAUGGUAUCUGGUGCAUUCUGCCUGCAACUUUCCCCGAGAACUUCGCAUUCAAGAUGAAGAACGGAAAGAAGGUCGCCAUUUCUUACCCUUGCGUUAUGCUGAACCACAGAGUCCACGACAAAUUCACCAAUCAUCAAUACCAGGACCUCAAGGACCCGGCCACCUUCCGAUAUGAGACUCGGAGCGACAACAGUAUUUUCUUCGAGGUUGACGGACCAUACAAGGCCAUGAUUCUGCCCACUUCGAAGGAAGAAGACAAGAACUUGAAGAAGCGUUAUGCUGUGUUUAACCACGACGGCAGUCUUGCUGAGCUCAAGGGUUUCGAAGUCAAGAGAAGAGGAGAGCUGAAACUUAUCAAGAUUUUCCAGACUCAAAUCUUCAAGUUCUUCCUCGAGGGCAGCACCCUUCAGGAGACUUAUGCAGCCGUGGCUAAAGUGGCCAACCAGUGGUUGGAUGUCCUGUACUCCCAGGGAACCACGCUUGCAGAUGAGGAACUCAUUGAUCUCAUUUGCGAGAACAAGAGCAUGACGAAGACUGUUGAAGAAUACGGCAGCGCGAAGACUACUGCCAUCACUACGGCGAGACGUCUAGCCGAGUUUCUGGGUGAGCAGAUGAUCAAGGACAAGGGCUUGAACUGCAAGUAUAUUAUCUCUUCCCAGCCCAGGAACGCCCCGGUCACGGAACGCGCUAUUCCGGUUGCAAUCUUCUCAGCCGAAGAGUCUGUAAAAAAGUACUUCCUACGGAAAUGGAUGAAGGCUGAUCCUGGAGACUGCGAUCCGAGGACUAUCACCGAUUGGAACUACUAUCUUGAACGUCUUGGCUCCGUCAUCCAGAAACUCAUCACUAUCCCAGCUGCACUCCAAAAAAUCAGGAACCCUGUGCCUCGCGUUGCGCAUCCCGAUUGGCUCGAGCGGAGAAUCCGGAUCAAGGACGAUGUCUUCAAACAGAAGAAGAUGACGGACAUGUUUGGGAAGAAGGCGUUGGCGGAUAUCGAUGCCAAUGUUGUCACCAAGAAGGUCAUUGAUCUGGAGGAUUUUGGAGGGUCACAGGUGGACAAGCCUAAGAGAGGCACAGUGACUAAGAUGGUCCAGAAGCGCAAAGCGCCAGAACCUGCGGCACCAACGGAUCCCUAUGCCAGUCUGCCAUCGAAGAUGCCUUCCAUCACAGAGGACUAUCAAGGCUGGUUGAAAUACCAGAAGCAGAAGUGGAAGAUUCAGAGACAACAAAGAGCCCGGAGACGACAGCUUUUCGGUGAGAAGAGAACGGACGCUUCUGACGGCCUCGGGACGUACUUCCGGAACCAGGCGGAGUUGGUUUACAUGAACACAUGGCAGCUUCUGCAAUUGCGCGAGGGCGACUUGCCCGGCGAGGUCAAGGCGUUUGUGCUCAUCGACAAAAAGGUCCAUAUCAUCAAGAUCAUUGUGCCGCGACAAGUAUAUCUCAACCUCCGCAGCGACGAUCUGCCAGAUGUGUCCAUCGAGGGCUGCAACGUGGAGAAGGUUGUCAACCACACCCUUCCAAAUGGCCACCCGUCCGUUCACCUCUUCAAGCUUACCUUGCCUGAGCAAACAUACGUCAACGAGUCGAAGAAUCUCAAUCUACUGUUCAACCACCCAAGUGUUGAAGGAGUUUACGAGACUCAGGUACCUCUGAACGUCCGCGCCAUGCUCGAACUUGGUAGCAUAUGUACCUUCGAUGAGACGCAACGUGGUGUCCUCGGCAAAGGCUUGGAACAAGGAUUUGACCUUUCUGCCCUUCGGCGAGUGCCAAACCAGCAGCCCUACCUGACGGAAAACCCUCUCGGCUAUCUCUACCUGCACCACAUCAUCGCUGGUGACCGACAAAUCUUUGCUUUGUUCUCAACUAGCAAAGAGCAGGCUCAUGUCGUUGUCUUGAAUCGCUCGAGAGAUGUCCAGGGUCUUCCAAACUUGGACAAAAUCUACAAGGACCAUCUCGCUGCUCGGCUCAAAGCUUCCGAUGGCCAGCCCUGGCAGGAAACGUUUGACUAUCAGAACGCUAUCCAUUUCAAGACGGUGCAAGUUACGACCAAGCGAAAGGCGCACCUUGAAGUCGCAGAUGUAAUCAAGAAGAUGAGGAACGACGAAUCCAAGCCCAUCAUCAUGGUCGUGCGGGCGGAAAAUCAAAAACUGCUUGCUCACGAUAUCCCGGUCCUCAAGGACAUACCUGUCCUGCCUCUACAGCCUGAUGAUUCUGACAAGCAGCUGCCUCCUCUCGGCUGGCAGUCCUUUGUUGCGAGGCGUCUGAUCGACCAUUACCUUGAUCUCGGAACCUGGGUUGCGCACUUAGUUGGGCUGGCUCAAUACGGCAACGUCCCUCUCUGCAAUCUGGAGAGAGAUGACCCUCGCUUCCUCAUCGACAUUGCGUAUGCAAGACGAUUGCAAAAGGACAGGGUCGUUCUCUGGUGGUCUGAGGGCCCGAAGCCAGAUCAUGCCGGUUAUGAGAAGGAUGAUGUACUCGGCCCCUUGGAGACGGUGGACAUGCCUUCGAUCAACAAUCCCGGAACCUACUCCUCAGUGUGCAUUGACCUAGAGAUAAAGAACUUGGCCAUCAGCACCGUCCUUUCGUCCGCUAUCAUCAAUGAAGCGGAGGGUUCUGAUUCCGUCUCCUUCAACCCUGCAGCGCCAACAGAGGAUCAGGCAAGUGACGGCUCAAACGUCAUCUACUCGGACAAUGCCUUUGCAUCCGCGGGUAUUCUGGUCCUUCGGGAAAUGGUCAAAUCCUGGUGGUCCGAGGCCGAGAAGGGCAGUUACAUGGCGGACGUCAUGGUGCAACAUCUGGUCCGCUGGGUGGAGUGUCCUGGAUCGUACCUAUACGACCGAGCCUUGCACUACUACGUACAGAUGAUGUCGCGUAAAGCACUCCAGCAACUGAUGUCUGACUUCCGUCGGGUGGGCUCGCACGUUGUCUUUGCAAGCGCAAACAGGCUUCUGCUGCAGACAACAAAGGCCGAAGUUGGUAACGCGUAUGCCUACAGUCAGUACAUCUUGAAGACUGUCCAUGCCAAACCGCUCUUCCAGAGCUUGGACCUGCAGAUCAAGGAGUACUGGGACUAUCUGGCGUGGUACGACGAGUUCAACUACGGCGGUAAAGGAUGUCGGGAGGUCGUCGAAGCAGAGAACCAGACACUUGACACGAUCAUGUGCUGGCACUUUGCAACCUUCCUCCCGCCGGUCCUGCAACCAGUUUUCAAUGACUGGGUGGUUGAGUUCAUCGAGUUGAUGCACGCACGAAAGCGACCACAACAGCGGCCAUCAUCCAGGGGAAACGGGAGCGACGUCCAAGUGGAAUCAACACCGCGCCAAACCCAGCUGCCCUUCCGCCCCAUGACGCAGGAGACUCCCGACAAACCGACCUCGGUCCUCAGCAAGACCUUCACCAAGCCGCUCACGAAGGAGAUCGCGGCCCUCCUCCGCCGGCAGCACCAGGAACAGCUGCACGCCGAGCUCGCGCCCGAUUGGCACUUCCCCUCGUUGCCGGGCACCAACCCAGACAUCGCAGCCACGCUAGCAAACCCGACGCUGCAGCUGGUCAAGUCGCUCACGCAGGUGCUGUCGCUGGACAAGAGCAUCAACCUCGAGGCGCGGCUGCUGCGCAAGGACCUGCUGCGGCUGUUCGACGUGCGCGAGUUCAGCGCCGAGGCGGCCUUUGCCAACCCGGCGGCCAGCCUGUGGGUGCGCGGCCUGGUGUGCGACGACUGCACCGCCGUGCGCGACGUCGACCUGUGCCGCGACGGCGAGAUUGCCGUCUCGUCGAAUACCAACAACGCUAACUCAGAAGAAGGAAGUGGUGGGCCCAAGGGCGUCUUGAACCUGUCGUGCCCGUCCUGCCACGCGCCGCACGACCCCAAUCGCUUGGAGACGCGCCUCGCGGCCGACGUGCAGGCCCUGGCGCUGAAGUGGGUCGGGCAGGACGUCAAGUGCGGCAAGUGCGGCCGCUUGCAGAGCGAGACGGCAUGCUUUAUGGAGCAUUGCGCGUGCAGCGGGCGGUGGGUGCCGAGUCUGCGGAAGGAGGAGCUGGUGAGGAAGUUGAAGGUGUACGAGGGCGUGGCGAGGUGGUUUGGGUUCGGCGUGUUGGGGGCGUGUGUGGGUGAGGUGUUGGAGGGGGUGCAGGUGUAG